AGGUUUCACAUCUGCAGCUGUGCUUCUGUCACGUUUCCUGCUUUGUGUUUGUCUGUUUACUUUGACAUGAGCCUGGACGAGAAGCUUCGCUGAGCCUUCACCGGGGAGAUCCCACAAAACUGGAAAAAGACGAUGGCUGCUCUCUGGGUUUUCCUCUCCUUCGCCGUCUUCCUCCUGCUGGACCGGCCAACGUGGGCCAAGAACGACGCUCCCUGCCAGCUCUCCAAGUGGAACAACGGCUACAACACCUUCAUCAAACGCCACAUCCGUUCCGGCACCCCCAACACUCUCGACGAGGACGAGUGGAGGGAGUACAUCAAGAACCACGGCGGCUGCAGCCGGCCCACGCAGUCCUUCCUCCGGCCGGGGGAACUGGAGCGGGUCAGGGCCGUGUGCACCAGCGAUGGCGGGAAGGUCUACAAGGAGAACCUGUGCAUCAGCCGUCAGCCCUUCACCUUCGUCACGGUCAGGAGCCAGCCGGGAACCUGCGGCAUCCGCAGCGUCAAAAAGGAAACCAAACACCUGAUCCUGGCCUGCGAGGUUCUGGAGAACCAGUGCGUGCCGGUGCACUUCGAGGGAAACCCGGAAAGCGAGAGGCCGAACAACAACGCCAGAGGCUGCCAGGACCCGGACACAAGAGGCAGCGCUGCAGCUUUAAGAACCACGUGGCUCUGGUUGUUUUCUGUGCUUCUAUUUAUUGUUUGUGGCUGCUGACUUUAAUAUACUUUGAGGAACUGAAGUGGACGCUGGAGUAUCUCGAAAUGUCAGUUGGAGAUUUAAAACAGUAUUAAGUCACAACACAUACAGUUCUAAAAAUGUCAACUUUUUUUAUAAAGACGCAUUUUUGUUCCUUCUUGUUUCAGUCCAUCUGAGUUUGCUUUGAGUGGUUCGGACACACAGACAUGAAGCUAAAUUCAAGUCUUUAACUUUGUUGUGCAAAUUUUCAAAAGGGAAAAAUAAAAUGUGCAAAGAAAAAGGGAUUUAUUUGACAUCAAACUUCUCCUCUGGAUGCGUCUGUUUCCACUGAAAAAUAUAUUUAAAAAAAACAAUUGUGUUCUUCUGCUGCAGUUAGUACAAAACAAGCAGAUUCCCUUAAAUCUGGACAAAACUGACGAUGUACAUGGAAUUAAAUCACAACGCAUCAGCUGUACAGUUAUAAAAAUGUCAUGUACAACAGUU